CCAGCAUGCACGCAGAGCUCCGGGAGGGGUGCGUGGCGCACGGCGGGGCGGUAGCGCCCGCCAGAGGAACGAGGCAUGGAGACGGAUGAGGCGCAGCCUCGCGCCCAUUUGGCCGCGCUGGUGCUGGCGCGCGGCGGCAGCAAGGGAAUCCCGCUGAAGAACAUCAAGCUGCUGGCGGGCGUCCCGCUCAUCGGAUGGGUGCUGCGCGCCGCCCUCGACGCGGGCGUCUUCCACAGUGUGUGGGUGUCUACAGACCACGAUGAAAUUGAGAAGGUUGCGAAGCAGUUUGGUGCUCAAGUUCAUCGCCGAAGCCCUGAAGUGUCUCAAGAUUCCUCUACCUCCCUAGAAACUAUCAGAGAGUUUCUUAAUCAUCAUCAUGAGGUCGAUAUUGUAGGAAAUAUUCAAGCAACAUCUCCCUGUCUACAUCCCAGUGAUCUCAUAAAAGUAGCAAAUCUGAUUCAAAAGGAGGGCUUCGAUUCUGUUUUCUCUGUUGUGAGACGGCAUCAGUUUAGAUGGAGCGAGGUAAAAAAAGGAGAAAACAAAAUGACAGAGCCCCAAAACCUGAAUCCAGCAAAGCGGUACCGGCGGCAAGAUUGGCCUGGGGAGCUGUAUGAAAAUGGUUCAUUUUAUUUUGCUAAGAGGCAUUUGAUCGAGAAAGGCUACUUGCAGGGUGGUAAAAUGGCCUACUAUGAAAUGCGUGCUGAGCACAGUGUGGAUAUUGAUAUAGACAUUGACUGGCCUAUUGCAGAGCAAAGAGUAUUGAGCUUUGGAUAUUUUGGCAAGGACCCAUUAAAAGAAGUGAAGCUAUUGGUUUGCAGUGUUGAUGGAUGCCUGACAAAUGGUCGCAUUUAUGUCACAGAAGAUCACAAGGAAAUGGUCUCCUACGAUUAUAGAGAUAUUGUUGGUAUCAAUCUAUUAAAGAAAAGGGGAAUCCAGGUUCGACUCAUCUCUGAAAGAGAUUGUUCAAAAUCCCUGUCAGCUAUGCAGCUGGGAUGUGUAGCAGAAGUUAAUGCGACAAAUAAACUACAAGUCCUGGAGAACUGGCAAAAAGACAUUGGCUUGAGCUGGAAAGAAGUUGCUUAUUUAGGAAAUGAAGAAUCUGAUGUGGAAUGCCUGAAGAAAGCUGGUAUGAGUGGUGUGCCCGCUGACGCUUGUGCACUGGCACAGAAAGCUGCUGGUUACAUUUGUAAAAGCAGUGGAGGCUGUGGUGCUAUCCGGGAGUUUGCAGAACACAUAUUCCUCUUGUUAGAAAAAGUGAACUCUGCAAGAAAGCAAAUGGAAGAAGUGAAUUCAGCAGGAAAGGAUACAGGGGGAAAAUGAGAACAGCAGAAGUGGAAAUAAGGAACGAAUGAAAAAAACAAUAGCAUAGUUGUUCUCUAUAUUUCUGCUUCUCCCUUUCCUAAAACAGUUUUUCACUGUAUUAGAGUUAUAAAAUAUUUCCCUCUAAUUUAAGGUUCUACUUUAAGUGCUGACAUUCAUGAUUGUAUUUAUGAUUAUUUUAAAAGCUAUUUAAUACAAUUGAAGAAAUAGUACAGAAAUAGUGUCCUGUAAAUCUACUCUUAAUCAUCACAUUUGUUCUACAAGAAUGAUGUAUCUUUAUUUUAUAAUCCAGAUAUAUGCAGGGAACAAAGAUUUUUUUUGCGAUUUGUGGAUUUGUAAUUCUACUCUUAAAAAUUUUGUUCUGUAAGUUGUGGUCAUUUUGUGUACAUUUCCUCUAUCAAAUGUCAGUAUGAUAUUGUAGUCAUAUGCUAACUUUUCUUGAGACGCAUGUCUCUCCAGUAGAGAAGAGUUCUAGCAUAUGCUGAAGCAUAUCCUGUAUUUGAAAAAGUUGAGUUAGUGUAAAACUAGUUAAUGUUAGUUAAGAAAAAUAUUUAAGCAUGUGUUCAAUUUAAGCUGAUAUAUGAUUAAGUGGCAUUUGGAAUUAUGCCUCUUACCUCUGAAUCUGGUUAUAUGAGGUUUUAUUUAAGUGCUUAAAUUAACAUAACCAAAUGCCCCAAAUUUGAAACUAAAUCUCCUAUUAACCUUGGAAUCUUUCCUUUGCAAAAACUAUGUUUCUUCAUAUGGAGUCCUCAUUACAGCUGCUAGUGAGGUUUAAAAAAAUUGUUAAUGUUUAUCAUAUGGAAAAGGAAUUGCUUUGGAAAAAAAAAAUCAUAAUUGAUAUUUUUGGGUUCAUGUAAAAAUAUAUUCAGAUUAUAUUUAACAUUAAUUUAAAGUUGGUGUGUAUACAUUUGUAUUUAUGUAAAAUACAAUUUUUACUGGGCUUUGAUUUGGAGAACUCAGUGAUUUGUAAACAUCUGUAGAGCUGACAUUGAAAAUACACAUCUGUUUUCAAUCCUUGUAUUACUAAUGGGUCGGGCUCAGCCUUGGUUAGGCUUAAAAAUAAUAAAAAACAAAUAAAAUCAUGGCCAUAUAGGCAAUUCUUGUCAAGAUGAAUGAUAAUAGUUAAUCACUUUAUUUUAUGUUUCUCAGCAUAAGAUUUCCUGUAUCUCUUUCCAAAAUAAGAUCUACUGAUUUACUGCUUUUUCUUGAUGAACUUUGUGUUUACUUCCCUUUCCAAAGCAAAAUUUUAAGUCAAAAAAUCUUUUACUACCUGUAGCAGUAAGGUAAGUAGGUGAAUAGUUGAAAAGUGAAUUAGUUGCACUAUUGCCCUCUUCAGUUAUCACUUAAAUAAUUCCUUUCAUUGAGUUUUAGGGCUCUGCACUAGAUAAAUUCCUUGGAUAACAAGAGCACCGUGUUUUGGACAGAACUAUGAACUUUGGUAUAGGUCAAUGAAUCAUUUUACGCACAUAUACAAUGUAAUAAAUUGUAGAAGUCCAGAUCUUUUGAACAGUUCAGUUUAAUAACGUCAUUUAAAAUUGGCUGAGCUCCUAUUUACUUCACCAUGUCAUAGCCAACGUAUUUACUAACUUUGUGUUCAAGGACAGUUUCCUGUGAAUAAAUAGAUCUAGAGAAGUUGCGAUGAA